ACAAGUAUAUAUAAGGCUGGUGAAAACUGCAUCAGUACAUUUUCUCUUGUAGAUACAGUCACAAGGAGUUCAGUCAUGAUUGCUAAGGUCGCCAUUUUGUUCGCUGCUUUGGCAGCUGCCCAUGCCAGUGCCAUCUUGCACGGACAUGCCAUCAGCACUGGAGUGAGUGCCAGCGCACGCAGUCAAGAUGCUCACGGUAACUACGCCUUCGGCUAUGACAUCAAGGACGGUCACGGUGCCACCAACUCCCGAUCCGAAGUCGGAGACGGACACGGCAACGUGAAGGGAUCCUACACCUUGGCCGACAUUGACGGACGGGCCAGGAAGGUCGAAUACGCCGCCGACGGACACGGAUUCAGAGCCGUCGUCAAGACCAACGAGCCCGGAACCGCCGCCAGCGCCCCCGCCGCCAGCGCCCCCGCCGCCGCCCUCAUCGCCAGCCCCUACGCCGGACCCGUCGCCCCCGUCGUCGACCACGUGGCCCCCGCAGCCGCCGUCAUUGGACACGCAGCCCCAUUGGUCCAUGGUCUUGCUGGACAUGACCUUCUGGGUGCUCGAUUAGCUCACGGUCUUGCUGGACAUGGUUUGUUGGGUGCCCCGUUGGCCCAUGGACUGGUUGGUGACCACGGAGCUUAUGAUCUCACCGGACAUGGAGCUGUCCUUGGUUUAAAUCACGGAGCACUUGGUCAUGGCCAUGGAGUUCUCGGAAAUGGACUUUUUGGACAUGGAUCUUCCAUCGGUUUGAAUCACGGACCUGUCGGACUUGGUCAUGGAGUACUUGGACAUGGACUUGGAGGACGUGGAGCUGCUCUUGGAUUAGCCCAUGGAGGACUUGGACACGGUUUAUAUUAAGCGCAUAAGAAUCUUUACCUACGAAGGAAUAUUUCAGCUUGAUUCGAAUUCAUCUGUGACUUAAGACGCUGCCAAAAAUGAAAAGCUUUAUUAUGUGUUCAUACUUUGCUUCGUUUACCCUUGUUUUUUCAAUACAAAACACACUCGGAACAAUGGGG